CCAAGUAUGACUGAAGGAGAUAGGGCUGCAUAAGCGUGUGUGUGUAUGCGUGCGUGUAUGUGUGUAUGUGUGCGUGUGUCUGUUUGGAAGGACUCCCACUGGUAAUGGUGCACCAAGUGUGACUCCGUGCUGACCACGACACACACACACACCGUCCCACGGCAGAGGCUUCCUCAGUUCACAAAAUUGUGUGAGCAGUGAGGGGGAAAAAAGUUUUGCAGCAGUUCAUCUGCACACAGCGACUCAGCAGCAGCAACAGCAGCAGCAGCAGCAGCAGCAGCAGGAGAGCUGAGGUACAACCUCUGCCUGUCUCAGCCUGAGGAUUUGUGUUGCUGUUGAUUGAUUGUCUUGUCACUGGACUGGAUACAGUAGCUGUACAUCACCACUCAUCAACAUCACAGCUGAGGGAUUCAACAAGAUCCAGAGUUGCUGGAAUGGAGGACCAGUGUGUGUCCCACAGCAGUCCACAGCACGGUGGCAGUCCGGCCAGUGCCGACGAUCAGAGGCAGGGUCGGCCAGAGGUCAUCAGGUGUGGGUGGCUCAGGAAGCAGGGAGGUUUUGUGAAGACUUGGCACAGUCGCUGGUUUGUUCUGCGAGGAGACCAGCUGCACUAUUACAAGGAUGAGGAGGAGACCAAAGCCCUGGGAUCCAUUUCCUUACCUGGAAACAAAGUUGCGGAGCAUCACACCAGUGGUGAUGAAGGGGGGAGAUUUCUAUUCGAGGUCAUUCCAGGGGGAGACAGAGAGCGGAUGACAGCCAACCAUGAGACCUACCUCCUUAUGGCCAGCACCCAGAAUGACAUGGAGGAUUGGGUGAAGACAAUUCGAAGAGUCAUCUGGGCACCUUUUGGUGGAGGGAUCUUUGGUCAGAAGUUGGAGGAGACGGUGCGCUAUGAACGCCGCUUUGGGAACAAGCUCGCUCCCAUGCUGGUAGAGCAGUGUGUGGAUUUCAUUCGCCAGUGGGGCCUCCAGGAGGAGGGUUUAUUCCGGCUGCCUGGACAGGCUAACCUGGUCAAAGAGCUGCAGGACGCCUUCGACUGUGGUGAAAAGCCUGCGUUUGAUUGUAACACAGAUGUGCACACAGUGGCUUCUCUACUGAAGCUCUAUCUCAGAGAGCUGCCAGAGCCUGUCAUCCCCUUCCAAAAGUACGACGAUUUCCUCGCAACCGCCAAGCUCCUUGGGAAGGAUGAUGAAAUGGGUAUGAAGGAGCUGAGAAGACUCUUGGAAAGUCUACCUCCAGUAAACCACAACCUUCUCAAGUACAUCUGCAGAUUUUUAGAUGAAGUCCAGUCAUAUUCAGGAGUGAACAAAAUGAGUGUUCAGAACUUGGCCACGGUCUUUGGGCCAAAUAUUUUGAGGCCAAAGUUGGAGGAUCCAGUCGCCAUAAUGGAAGGUACUGUUCUGGUCCAGCAGCUAAUGGCCAUUUUGAUUGGCCGCCACGACGUGCUGUUCCCUUGCAAUGAAGACAGCCCCACAGGCCUCGAGCUCGUCAACAACAACGUUGAACUACCGCGGCGGCAAGCAAACACAACUACCUCCACUAUCAUGACAGCGACUCAGAACGCCGAGAACAACAACACACACAUGGUCCGGCAGUGUGUCUGGGAAACACCGGAUUCUCCUUCGCACCGCCAACAUGUAGACAACAGUGGCUCCCCGCGGUCACUGAGCCCUCGUAAUGGUGUCACCGGACGCUUCGACAUCACCCGCAGUCCACCACUGACGGUUAAAAAGAACCCAGCGUUCAGUAAAGGCAGUGGGAUUGUCACAAACGGGUCCUUCAGCUCUUCACCCUCCUCAGACCCUAGUCAAGAAAAGAACCAGACUCUGAGUGGAGGUGGGAGUUUACCUGUGCGGCGCAGCGGGACGCUCAAAGGUUCAGGCACAAAAAUGGGCACCAGUGGUGUCACAAGUGGGAGCGGCACCGGAGGGAAUGGGACUGGAGUUGUGCGCAUGGGCAUUUCAGGCACCGACGUGGUCACGGGUAGUCUGAACGGCCGCAAUGGCCUCUGGGCACCGAAUGGCUGCGUCACAUUACGGGUGAACAAUAAAACACGUGACGGCUCCAACGGGGAUCAAACAACCAAUCAGAAUCGUCUGUCUACAUACGACAACGUCCAGUUAAACCACCAGAACCUGCAGCUACAGAACCAGAUCACCAGCACGUGUCUGAACAGCAGCUGUGAGGACAAGCAGAGCGUCGACAGCGCCACCUGGUCCACGUCCUCCUGUGAAAUCUCUCUUCCGGACAACUCCACUUCCUGUCGCUCCUCCACCACCACCUGCCCUGAGCAGGACUUCUACGGCGGUCACUUUGAGGACUUGGACGGACCAGCACAGGAUAAUGAACCGCCCCAGUCUGGUGGAGGAGGAGAGGGAGAGAGCCGGAUCAGCACCAGGGAAGGAGGUGAAGACGGCGCAGGGAGGAGCAGUCGGGGAACCAGCAGCAGUGACAAUAGUGAUGGUUUCACUGCUGCCAAUGGGCCCGGCAGCCACAGCGCUUUGCACAGCUUAGUGGCCAGUCUUAAACAGGAGAUGCACAAGCAGAAGACAGAAUAUGAGGCCAGGAUAAAGAGCUUGGAGCAGCGCAAUCUGGAGCUGGAGACAGAAAUGGUGAGCAUCCACGAGGAGCUGGACCAGGAGAGGAAGAAGUACACCAUGGCGGAGAUCAAGCUCCGCAACGCCGAGCGCGCCAGGGACGAUGCUGAGCGGCGGAAUCAGAUGCUGCAGAAAGAGAUGGAGCAGUUUUUCUCCACGUUCAGUGACCUCACAGCAACCGGCGCUACGACGGUGGCGGCGGCGGCGGCUGACCCGCGGCGGCCAGAUCGCAGCAACGCCAUCUGGAUACAGUGAAGGACGAUGCGGGGACGAACGUGUGAAUGAACAGUCAGCAGGCUCCAAACAGGAUUUGGCUGCUGGUUGUAAAGAGAAAUGUUGGAAGUUGCAGAACGUCUAACAUUUUGAAGCAGGUGGUGUAGGCCACCUGUACAACUGUAGACAUCACCUGGAGUGAUGUCAGAGGGACUUUACCUUGUAAAUACAGCAUUAUUUAAACUUGGUUUUUUUUCUCUCUCCAACCUUCUCAGAAACUGCUGUGGUACUCACUUAUCUGACUUGGAAGUGGAGAAAAAGGAACAGUUCUCCACAGUCUGUGAUGAAGGGUGAUGAUUUAAAAAGGCCGUGUUCAGCAAAACACAAAAACACCUUCAGCUUCCUUUAUAUCUUAAUUCAUUUUAAAUCCAACCCCAAAACAAACAAAAAAUAUCUUACUGUUCCAUGUGAUUCUGCGUCUACUCGUGUACAUAGAGGUAAAUAAUGCAGGAAAACAGCAGCAUAUGUAUGUAAAGAGAAAUGAAAGUACUGCCUUCAAUGUUUCAGUGAUAUUUAAGCCAAUUCAUCAAUGUGUGAUAUUUUAUAUUAAGAUCUUUCCUUGCACUUACUGUCGGUACUGAAUGUUCUGUUGGUCAACGUGUGUAUGAUUUAUUAAAUUAGAUAUGACACUGUAUGUUAUGCGCCUGAGCUUCUAUGCCGUUGUAUUCACCCCAUGACCAAAACGAGAGCCUGUACUGUAAAUAUUUUCUAAGUGUAGACACUAAUUGUGAGUCCUGUCCUGUGGUUUGAAGCAUAUUCAGAUGGAUGUGGCACACGUUAUAAAUGAAUACUGACUGAAGAAUUAUGUAGCCUGUAAAAAAAAAAUAAAAUAAAUAAGUAAUACAUUUGCACGAUGGUGACUUGCACGUUGGGUCACUGGCGUAAAUCCCAGAUAAGAUAAAAAUGUCUGCAGCGGAUGAUUUAAUCCACGUGACAAAAUGUACUUUCCUAAUUAAGAGAUGUGGAGCUGGUGUCAGUCUUUGAAUCCUCAAUGGGAAACGCAGCUGGUGGCUGAGCACACGAGGUGCCAGCUUUGAAACAAAUACUCCCCCCCCUGUAGUCUCGCCUAACACAGAAUAACAAGCUGCCGCCACAACACACUUGUUGACUCGUGCUUUUUUGGCUCAUGACUGUGGAAAGUGGGGAUUACGGCAUCGAGUUUGUCAACAGUGGGGCGAUUUGCUGCAGCGAGUAUGUGAUAAGUGCAUUAGGGUGAACAACAAGUGAAUGUCUACAUACACACGGUGGAUUUGCUACUGGGUACAGAACAGAAUGCACCUCAGCACAGACCUGGUCUGGUCUGGACUUGAGUCCACGGGGGUUGAUUCUUUGUGCAUGUGUGCAUAAGCCUGCUGCUGGUCAUUGCAGGACAUCGGAAUGUGCACGGAGAGGGAGGAAAAGUGCCUGAGUGACUGAAAGAGGGAGGAGGAGGUGGGGGGUGGGCGCGAUCCACGCUUCUCAUUUUGCACCCGUCACCGGGAAAUAAUGGGCUGAAGCCAAGCGGACAAGUGUCCCCUCAUUCUGUUGUGAAUUCCACACAGAAGAGCAAGAUCACAGACACGGCGAGUGGGCAGCAGAGGACUGGGAUGGUGGAAUAUCAUCAUGACGUGAUACUUGAUACACACAGUAACUUUGAAAAAUUAUUUAAUACGAAUAAAGAUGUGUUUUCAUCAUAA